AUGGCGUACAACAAAGGAUUCAACCCGGACAGGCUGCCUAUGCAUGCCGAGCCUGAUCAGGCUGCUGCGAUGAUGUCGCAAAACGCACCCGCAGCCUCACGCCCUCCGCGCACAAGCUCAGCGCGCCCGGACUACAACAAACCUCCCCCGCCCGUUCCCAGUGGCCAAAGAUACGAUACUCGUCCAGAUGAGCGCUACGGCGGCAGUGGUGGUGGACGCGGCGCAGGAGGUGGUGGAUACGACAGCAGACCCCCACCAGGCGCAUACAGCGACCCGCGAUACGACAGCCGGUACGACUCGAGACAGGACAGCAGAAUGGCAGUCGGAUCGCCUCCACCGGCCAACUAUGGCCAUGGACCACCGCCACAGGGAUAUCAUGGAAGGCCGCAGUUGGCACAGCAGUCGAGGCCGCCGCCUACACCUGCGCCGCCAAGGGAUGCGAAUGACCGUGAAGCACUCUGGAGAUUGUUCGGCGCGGUCGACAAAGACAAGAGUGGUGAACUCACAGAAGCUGAGCUGCGGACUGCGCUGGUCAACGGUGACUGGACACCUUUCGACCCACACACCGUCCGUAUGAUGAUUCGAAUGUUCGACACCAACAGAUCUGGCUCUGUCAACUUUGACGAAUUUUGCGGGCUAUGGGGAUUCCUCUCUGCCUGGCGCAGCCUCUUCGACCGCUUCGAUCAGGAUCACAGCGGUAGCAUAUCCUACGCUGAGUUCAACGAAGCCCUCGUCGCCUUCGGGUACCGCCUUUCCCAGCAAUUCGUCACCCUUCUGUACCGCACGUACGACCGUGAUGGACGCAAUGCACUGAGCUUCGACCUAUUCGUGCAAGCGUGCAUUAGUUUGAAGAGGAUGACAGAUGUGUUCAAGAAGUACGACGAGGACCGCGAUGGGUAUAUUACGCUGAGCUUCGAGGAGUUUCUCACAGGUGCGCAAGCUUUAUUCCUCUUCAACUCGAUUUCGGCCUCCACUGAUACCGGACUGUACUAG